CGUCUAACGUACAACACAUGCGCUAAGACUCGAUUCGAGGCAAUUAGACGUUUCUUGUUGCGAGAAGCCCACAAAACCACCCACCGGUGGCAUCAUACGCCCCCCAAGCUACGUAAGGGCAGGGGCCAGUACCAUAGCUGAGCCCCGGAUGGCUGACUGGCUAGAAGCAACAAGGGGCAUUGCGGGCAUGCUUGAGUUGAUUAGUCCAUGGCAGAAGAUGCAGUGGAGCUUGGUUAGGAAUGACGAAAGAUAUGGUCCAGAGCGGGCGGGGAAGCUUUAACAUCGUAUAAAGCCGCGUUCAGGUCCUCCACCGAAUGCAAUCAUCCCAUCUUCACAAAACGCAACCUAUACACACUCAAAACGUCACCUUUUUUAUAAUCCCCUUACAACACAUUCAUCAUGGGUUUCUUUGACAGGCACGAGGAGAACUACCAGCAGGUCUACGAGAACGACAACUUCGACGAGAACAAGGCCAGCCUCGGACAUGAGGUGAUUGCCGGUGGAGCUGCCUUUGCUGGCUUCAAGGCUUUCGAAGAUCAUCAACGCAGUGAAGGCAAGCCCGUAUCCCACGCCUUUGCUAAGGAGCUGCUCGCAGGCUUCGCAACCGCAGAAGUCGAUAGGCUUGCCGAGACUAAGGGCGAGGACUGGUUUGACCGAGAGAAAGCUAAGAGGGACGCCAAAAGCCAGGCAGAACAAAUGUACGACGAGCACUACGUAAACAACCAGGGUGCUGAUCAGUACGAUCCUAACCAAUACGAACGCCCCCAACAAUUCGAAAGGCGCGGAUGGUGAGCGGUUAUAGGCAUAAUAUUGCUAUAGGAAGACCAUGAUCCGGCACUUCAAGCCCUUGAUCAAUAGCCAAUAGAAACGUGUCAUAGCAGAGCAUCUCACCAACAUCAACCUUCAACGUGCAUUGAGGUGGGGCUAAACGCCCCUGGAUCUUGAGAUAAUGACUGACCAAGAAGAUUAACAUUUCAAGAAAACACCUAAUGAAUAGCUGACUGAAAACAAAAGAUGC